AUUUUCUCAUAUGCUUUUUUCAGUAUCCUAGCUGCAUGCUUGCUAUUAUACAAUUAUAUUAGAGAGUAUGAGUAGAAUAUUGCUAUGGAUCAUAUUGAAAGACAUCAUGUCAACCUUUAGUGCAUACUCCAUACUCCAUACGUACUCAAUGACCUUAAUGAGCAUGUGAGUGACCCCAAGGAGAGCAAAGAGAAUAGACCAAAAUUAAAGAAAAAAUUUUAGAUUAAAAGAGAAUAGAUUUGGUUGUCAAAGAAAAAUUUUUAAGGUGAAAGUGAGGAUGUAUGAAUUGAUAUAUGAAAUUUUAAGCAGAAAUAACUUGUUAAAAAUACAAAAAUCAAAACUAUAACUAUUCAAAAAUCAAAAAAUAAAAAUAUAUACAUGAAUCAAACUCUUAUUUAUUUACAAGAAGGAACUUAAUAUAAACAAAAAUGAUUGGCACCAAACAAUAUGAUGUGGCAUUUGGCUGAUGUGUAGUACUACGGACUUGCCAUGUGGCACUGAAGAGUUCAGUGAAGGACACGUGGCAAGGGUAGAGUAAGAAGGGAUUGACACAUAAGCUCCAGAAAACAGAAAACCCAGAGAGAAAUCAAAAGGAAAACAAUAAAAUAAAAAUGGCUCCUCAUGGCGACAAAUCGGACGCUGCAGACGAAACCAUGGUUGCUAAAGCUGAGAAGCGCCCCAUUUCCACCAUCCUCAUCGUAUUGGCUAUGCAGAGUGAAGCUCUUCCUGUGGUGAACAAGCUUAACCUCUCAGAGGAUCUUCAGUCUGUAUUCCCAAAAGGGGUGCCUUGGGUCCGGUAUCGCGGUUUUUACAAGGAUCUUAACAUUAAUCUAGUUUGGCCUGGAAAAGAUUCAUCUUUAGGGGUUGAUUGUGUAGGCACGGUUCCUGCAUCUCUUGUGACCUAUGCUUCCAUUCAAGCAUUGCAGCCAGACCUAAUUAUCAAUGCAGGCACUGCUGGUGGCUUUAAGGCCAAAGGAGCAUGCAUUGGUGAUGUGUAUGUCGCAUCUGAUGUUGCUUUCUGUGAUAGAAGGAUACCUAUUCCUGUUUUUGAUCUAUAUGGACUUGGCUUGCGACAAGCCCUCUCAACACCCAAUCUUCAAAAGGAACUUAACCUAAAGGUUGGCAAACUGUCGACUGGUGACUCUCUACAUAUGUCCACACAGGAUGAAGCAUCAAUGGUUGCGAAUGACGCUGUAGUUAAAGACAUGGAGGCUGCAGCUGUUGCCUACGUGGCAGAUCUGUUGAAAGUACCCUCAGUAUUUCUUAAAGUUGUGAUUGAUAUAAAAGAUGGUGAGGAAACAACUGCAGAAGAAUCUUCGCAACGCUUCGCAGCUCUUGAACGUGCGGUCACCCAAGUUACUGAUUUUAUUAAUGGAAAGUGCCUCUCAGAUCUUUGACACAUUUCAUUGAAACCUAUUGUAGUGAUGAAAUUUGACAUGAAAAAAAUGUCCCCUGGACUGCAAUUAUUAGAUAUCUGCAGAUUUUGGUAAGUUGUUAUUCUAAGUCCAACAGAAACAGUUCGUAGUUGUGUCUCUAUAUAUUAUAAACUCUAUUGUGCUGACUUAAUAACAAGUAAUCUUCUGCUUUUUUAUAAGUUGGCAUAUUCUUGG